CCUGCUCGUGUGACCUUAUUGAACAUUCCAUCGAAAGAAAUUGUACGAACAAGGAAUUUAGUUAACGUUACAGAUUGCAAAAUGCAUUGGCAAUCAAACGGAGACUUUUUAUGCGUCAAAGUUGAUCGCCAUACAAAGACAAAAAAGUCGACAUUCUCUAAUCUCGAAAUCUUUAGGGUUCGUGAAAAAGAUAUUCCAGUUGAAGUUAUCGAAGUUAAAGAUGUAGUAAUCGCUUUCGCCUGGGAGCCCAAGGGUGAACGUUUUGCAAUUAUUACAACAAGUGAUCCCAAUUAUGGUCAACCAACCCAAGGUGGCGCACCCUUAAAAACAAGCGUAUCAUUUUAUUAUCUUGAAAAACCAAAGUCUGGCAAAGGUGACUCGGUUGGGACCGCUAAUUUCAAACUAAUAAAGACACUUGAAAAAAAAACAUCAAACGCCAUUUAUUGGUCACCACAAGGCCGGCAUGUAAUCUUAGCUACUUUACGUUCUGCUACAACUUUUGACUUAGAAUUUUGGGAUUUAGAUUUUGAAACAACUCUUGAACAGAAAGAAUCGACAAAAGCUGAUCCAGCUGCAUGUUUACAACUAAUGAGCACGCAAGAACAUUAUGGUGUCACUGACGUUGAAUGGGAUCCUACCGGACGUUAUGUUAUCACCAGCUCUAGUUUCUGGAGGCAUAAUAUAGAAAACGGGUAUAUCUUAUGGGAUUUCAAGGGUACGCAAUUACAAAAACAUUUAAUGGAUAAAUUCAAGCAAUUGUUAUGGCGACCUCGACCAAAGAGUUUAUUAACAAGUGAGCAAAAGAAAACAAUCAAAAAAAAUCUACGCGAGUAUUCUAAAAUAUUCGAGGAAGAAGAUUACUAUGAAAAAUCAACGGUGUCUAAAGAACAGAUUGCUCAUCGACGUCGCCUUAUGGAUGAAUGGAAUGCAUGGCGUAAAAGGGUAGAAAAAGAUUUGUUAGAAGAAAGAGAAAGUGCUGGUACCGUGCCAAUUUCCAAACAGGACGAUGAUACCAUAGAGGUUAUUGAAGAAUGGAUUGAAGAA